AUGAUUGCUGAUGAUAGUGGCGAUGAUAUUGGAGCGAGUGAGCCUGCCGGUGCCGGUGGUGGCUCUAGCUCUGUCACACAGCAGUACCCUCCACAUUUUUCAUCUUUGGACUCGGAUGCCAUGAGGCAGCCGGGGGAUAAGGAGGAUGCCCUAUUAAGUGUGAAGACUUACAGCAUCCGCCGAGGUGUACAAUACAAGGUUGUGGAGUCUGAUUAUUGCCGUUACGUUGGCAAGUGUUAUGAGUUCGGGAAUGGGUGCACAUGGUUGAUUCGGCUGAGUCUUCGGCAGCGCAAGGGCAUAUGGGAGGUCAAACGUUACAAUGGACCGCAUACUUGUCUCGCCAGCUCUAUCACCAGCGAUCACAGGAGGUUGGAUUAUCAUGUGAUAUCGGCAUUCAUUAUGCCAAUGGUUAGAGCUGAUGCAUCCGUUAGCAUCAAGGUGCUCCUAAAUGCGACUGCCUCGCACUAUGGGUUCAGGACGACCUACAGGAGGGUCUGGAUGGCGAAACAGAAGGCUGUUGCACUCAUUUAUGGUGACUGGAAUGAGUCUUACAACGAGCUCCCAAGGUGGGUGUUAGGAGUGCAGGUGACCAUGCCUGGUUCUAUUGCAGUUCUUCGGACUAGUCCUGUUCGAAUUGGGGGACAGCUGGACGAAUCUCAGGCUUAUUUUCACAGACUGUUCUGGACUUUCCCACCGUGUAUCGAGGUAUUUCGUCAUUGCAAGCCGUUGGUUAGUAUUGAUGGGACGCAUCUAUAUGGCAAGUAUGGGGGUACUCUGCUUGUUGCAAUUGCACAGGACGGGAACUCCAACAUACUCCCUGUUGCAUUCGCACUAGUCGAGGGUGAGAAUGCUGAUUUGAGUACCAAGGGAGAAAGAACCAGUAGGAAUGGUCUCUGCGACCGUGUACUCGAAGUUGUCUCUGUCAUACAAAGUAACUGUGAAGCACCUUGUCGUCUUCAAGUUGGCCUCGAUACAUUUAACAAGGUGUUGACUGAAUUGUUGUCUAGUACCCAGCUGGGCCUCCGCCUCUCUCCCCUUGCGUACAAAAAGUUCGGCCAACCGACCAUACGUUGCUUUCACCAAGGAGCAUACAGGAAGGUUCCUCACACCCUUGAGGAUUGA